UUCCAAUCGCCGCUCCACCAGAAUCGCGUUCGCGGUACCUGCGCAUUGCUGCGAUAAUCAAAUUCGCCGCAGGGUCCAGCCAUGGAUGCAGAGGCUCUGAGAAACCUGGCUGCGUCCGCACAACCUCUCCAAUUCCCUACCUACGAUGAGUCAAACGCUCCCCGAUCUGCCCAAGAGGUCGCCGCCGCCGCUGCGGGUUACGCUCCUGCGGACUCGAUCGAUCCGAACAUCUCGGCCUACGACGUGACUGCAGACGUGCAAAAUGAUGCGUCUCCGAUACAAACACAAGAUCGGCAUGAUGAUGGUCAGACGCCACGCAGUCCACAGCCGACGCGUACGACUAGGGCCUCCCAAAGCGUGGACACUGAAUCACAGAUCGCGAUGAACGACGCUGCUCCUCCUGAAAGAAACCAUCUCCCACCCCACGAAAACUACCCACCACCACAGCCUCAGAAUGAAUACGUGUGGAAGAACGCUUCAUCUGCUUUUCCUAAUGGCACACCCAACCAGAAUACUCGGUCGCAGGUGAAACAAGGCUCAGUUUACUCUACUCCGCAGGGCCUGGUCCACUCGGAUCCGUGGGCUGCACAUUUUCACGCACCUGCGCAGUACAACACACCUACUUCAAACAAUGACCAAGACGUCGACCCUGCCAUCGCAGCCAACCCCUUCAGUGACACUUUUCCCUUGAUACCCAAUCCACCUGACCUCGAGGCCUGGCGCGAGAAGUUGUUCAACAUCACUGAGCCGCUUGUAUUGUCAGAAGCGGAAUAUUUGACCUACUUUCCACACAUAGACAAUGUCUAUUCGCACCGGUCUACGCAAAAAUACAAGCGGAAACCAUUUGUCAGCCAUUACUGGGACUGUCGUUUAAAAGGCAGACCGAGCGGCACUCCGAAGAGCACCGAUCCGAAUAAGAAGAAGCGCAAGCGGCAGGCUCGCGAACGAGAUCUGUGCGAUGUCAAAAUUAAGGUGACCGAGUACUUCGGUGCUGAUCAGGUGCAAGAAAUGGGCAUGUCUGGAAACGGGAUUAGCGGCAUGAACGGAUCAACCAACAUUCCAACCGACCCUGCGCUGACUGGAGACACAAGCCAAUUGACCAUUGUGCUCGAGGACGGUGUCAACGGAAAUGGCUCAUCUAACAAUCCAAGCGACCCGAACUUCGGCCUUCUUGAACUGCCCCGACGCCUGCCGAAAGGUCAUCCUGGUGCUGAUGGUAAGAGAUGGUUCACCAUACAACGCGUGCGAGGCAAUCCAGGAGGGGGUGCUGUCAAGGACAAGCGUGAAAGUAAUGCGGACGGACUAGGAGAUGUCGCUGAGGAAGACGACUCUGCAUUCCUGGACCCUAAUCUGGAUCAUGACCACAAGCACACUCUAGAAGAGAGUGACCGCAUCAAAAAAAACACUGUGCAGAGAUGGUUGUUGAAGGAGGAAAAGGAAAAGAAACGAUUAAGCAAACUCCCCACACCAACAGCAACAGUUCCAACAUCGACGAGCGGCGACUCUACGUCUCCCACUUUCCGCGCUAGUGGUAUGGCUUUCUUCACAGCGCGUGACCACUCCAGACCUACUCCUUCGUCAAUCAUCUUUUAUGCCAACAGUUUCUGUCCCUUCGCGCAACGCAUAUGGAUCGCCCUUGAGAUCCGAGGCGUGCCCUACCAGAUGGUCGAGGUUCUACCUGCACAUAUCGACUCCUAUCGUCCACCAGAAUUGCUCGAAGUCAAUCCCGAAGGCCAUAUCCCGUGCCUACGUCAUGGCAACUGGGCGAUUUGGGAAAGCAACGUGGUGCUGGAGUAUCUCGAAGAUUUGGCCAUGGGACAGAGCCUGCUGCCGCCGGGCAAUCCGCAACUCCGGGCUCACUGCCGACUCUGGACAGACCACAUCAACCGCAAGAUCCUGCCGAGUUUCUACAGUCUACUGCUAACCCCCCCACCACAACAUCAUCAGCCUCGAUCCGAUCUGAACGGAGAUAUGGACAUGGAUGGCCAAUCCCAAGCCCAGGCUGCGAGCGCCGCACAGCACGAGAUGCUCAUCUCCACAUUGCAGAGGAACAUUACCUCGCUGGUCAACGCGUCACAUGCGACUGGUCCAUUCUUCCUCGGCAACGAGAUUGGCUUCGUGGAUGUCAUGUUCGCGCCGUGGAUCAUACGCCUGUCCCGGGUCUUGGGCUAUUACCGCAACUUUCCCCGCCCUGAAGUCGGAACGCGCUGGCGUCAAUGGGUCGACGCGAUCGAAGCUGACGAGCGCAUUAAACGGACAAUCUCGGAUGAGAACUCGUAUCAUGGUGUAUACCGCGGCGUUGGCGAGGAUGGGUGGGAUUCAUUAUGUGCCAAGGACGGGCAUGGACCGAGAAAGACGAUAGCCGAGGUCGCGUAUGCGAAGCGUGUCGUUGCGCAGGAGGGGUUUGGUCUCGGUGGUGAUGUCUGGGGCCGAUUGCGUGAAGAAGAUGCCGUGCAGGCGCAGCGCAGUAUGAACGUUGAGGAGGUGGCGUAAGAACAUCAUGUUGAGUGAUGGUGACGACUGAUUUGUCCACGUCUUCAUUUUCGAAACAGAGAAGGAACGUGCCAGGUCCAAUACCUGGGUUAGGACGUGCCUUAGGAAGGUGUGGUUCCUGAAGCAGAGUGCACCCUCGACGACCUAAGGUAGGAUGAGCUAACGGGGCUGUCCCAUUACAUGUUAUCACGAUCAAGUUCGUAGGACUAUCUUGCUAGCAUGAACGCGAAUAACUCGCCUGAAGCUGUGCAGGCACCUGCCGAAG